AUGGACCUCCCUUACCAAGAGCCAGGACAGAUCCUAGAUGCCUUAGGUGAAAGCAUGGUGAUGCAGGUGGGAUUCAGCAUACCUCCCAUGAACUAUGGCCAUCCAGGACUAGUGCCACAGGGAGGGCCAGGAUCAACAUCAGCACUUCCAGACUCAAAGGCAGGAGACACUGGCAAAUUGUCGAAGACUAUGGUUCUCUUGCUGAUCAAAGGGCUCAACCGGCAUGUUGCAGAGCUGGAGAAUUUAGAUGGAGUACAUCAGCAGCAGGUAGCACAUAUGAUAGCUCACCAGAGUCACUGCUGCGAGGCUGGCAAUCAACAGAUGUGCGAGCACUUCGAGAAACACCUCAGGGACUUGGACGGGUCUGUCCUGCACCAUAUUGCAGUGGUCAUGAAAAGCUUCGAGAGACCGCCAGCAAUGAGAGACGUAGAUGGUGCCAAUGAAGAAAGCUCAGAUGACAGUGAAGGGGAGGUGGAUCGUGUUGGGGCAAGUCUCGAGGCAUACUCUGAUAGAGCAUUACUGGUUAAGCACCUACCCGUGAGCUGGCCAAAGGAUGAUGAAGCGUGGCCAACCGACAGUGUGACUAGCACAAAAUCAGUCCGUUUUUGGUGGGGAGAGAGUCAUACGCACUCAGAUAACCAUGAAGGUCUCUGCAAGAUCUGGACCUACAUCCGUGAGAAAGGUGCCCUCUUCAGUCUGUCUGCUGAAAAGGCCUUGAAGGUAAUCAGCGAAGAGCAUCUCCGUGAGCGAGUGAUCGAGAAGUACCACAGCUUUUGCGAUAACUUGCACUGUGAUCGUCGUUCAUCAGGCAUCAGUGUUGUCGUUGUCGUUAUCAGUGUGGAUGGAGAGAAAGUUGGACUUAGUGAUUUUCAAUACUUGCAUGAUAUCUUAUCAAUUGCGAUGUGUUUCUGCAUGUGGGCUAGUAUCAAGAUUCCUCUGUGUGGCAAUUGA